AAAAUAUCAAAAUUUAAUGAGUUCUGUGAUAGGUAGGGUUUCGGGUUUCCUAAUUGAUGCUCAUAUGACUUGAAAGUCUAGGAAUUAUUUACCCAAGUUAAUUAGCUAGCUCUGUGGGCCGACGAACAGGUGACUAGGUUAGCACACGCAGCACAAGAAAUGUGUACAAGAAAAAUUUCUCGGUUUCAUAAAAUGCUGACUGCACCCCCGCAUCCUCUUCUUUCUCCCUCCAGCCCCAAGAGACGUUUCACCUCCCAAGCGAUCCACGAAAUGCUCGUGUGGCGCCACUAGCUGGAAUCAGACAACAUCGCACCGAAACAAUACAUUGUAAUUCCGUCACAGGCGAGAGGCUUCAAAUCAAACGUCAAAAUCAAGGGUCUGAUUGCUCGAAACUAGACGAGUGCAUUGGUAGUAGGAGCAUCGGAUUCUUUAUUAUCUUUUUUAGCGUAACUAACUGGAGGGAGGGUAGCAGAGUGCAUCUUUCAUAGGGCACAUUAUAAGAUGACACCACCUCUGCAAGAAGAAGGGGAGAGAGACGGACACAAGUAAGAAAUCUUCAAUGGCAAUGUGGGUUGCCGAGUCUAUGAAAAUUCUUUUUGGCUUUAUCGUCUUGUUUAUUCAAAGAAAAACGAAGGUAAUUAUAAUCAAUUAUACUAAAAUUGUCUUCAUGAAGUCAUUUUGGCUACCUUUGAGUAAUUAAUAUAAGUGUUUGCUUUAUUUUUAGCCUUCCUAAUUAAUGCUAAAAGAUAAUCCCAGAGUCUAUUCUUUUGUUUUGCUGAACUAAACAUGCAUUAUUAAUCUCUUGGAUACAGAUAGCAAUAAUAAGUAUCAAAGGCAUAUAUAGUGAAGGUGAAUCUGGAAGAGACGACGGAAAGAUGGAGUUCGGAAAGCAUUUCAAGCAACAAAAGGUGGACUGGUGCUUACAUGGAUUAUAAUGGUCUUAAAAAGAAUACGGGCAGAGAUCUUGCUACAAGCAAAGCAGGCAACCCUCAACACCUUUGAGAUCCAUAUACCACAAAGCAACUUUGCACAGACCCUUCAGACUUCAGUGGACUAAACCCUUGAUCUACCAAUCUCUCCAGUAAAGGAGAUAUUGAGGACCAAGAGAUAGAUGUUAAUGCGUUGCCCCAAGAUGGUUGUAGAAAGUUUUACACGACUCAUUUCCAGAGGGAGUCUGAAGAAGGAGGCGAACUAGAGGUUAAGUUCUUCAAGAAACUUGAUGAACAACUUAACAAGUUUCACACUUUUUACAAGGAUCAGAUGGACGAGAUGAAGCAUCUUUGCUGAAUAAACAAAUGGAUGCCUGUAUUGCCUUGCGGAUUAAGGUGGAGAGCUCUGGUUUUGAAAACUCUUAUGCGAAGAAAAGUUGUGAUACUGGUGUUGUUACCACAAACCCCUUGAAGAGCUGUAGCCCAAGCAGAGACACACCUUCGGGAUUGGAGGAUAUGGAUGUUGGAUGCGGAGUUGAGAUGAAUAACGAUUUUCAGCCAGAGAAAUCUACUUACGAACAGAGUGGAAGGGAGCAUAUGGAAUCGACCAUUGAGAUGGAUAGAAGAAAUGAUUAUGACCAAGAAGAGUCUACUCAUUGUCCGGGAGUAAAUGAAAUUAAUGCCACAAAUUUUUACAAUCUAGAUUCCUCUGUUGCCACUAGUUUUUUGUUUUGUCUAAAAAUCUUGCCUUUUCCAUUGUCAAAACAUGUGCAAUGGCUCUCAUUUCUUUAUUGCCUCCAGCUUUGUUAAAUGUUGUGGCAAAGCUUAGUCAUCGUGGUCAUCAUCUUCCACGUUGUUGAAAGGUAAAGGCACAGACUUGAAUGCUCGAUA